AUGGACUUUAAUUUAUCAAUUUCGAAUCCAGCCUUUGGACAAUGCCGAAUCAUUGGCACCGAAAACUGCUGGAAAAAAAAUUGCCAGAUUGUGAUCAAAGACUAUGAAACUCUAGAUCUUGUGCUCCGAAUAUCUCCACCGGAAAUUUCUAUUGAAAGUAUUGAAAUCGCAGCUGAUGGUUGCACUGUGGCCUUUAAGGAUGUCAUGGAGACCUGGAUUAUUUACAAUAUUGAUAAAAAUGAAAGAAUGAACUUUGUCGAAAACGAUGAGCAAGAAGAUGCGGAUGAUAGAUUCUAUUCCUUACAAUUUUUUACUAUGAAAUGCGAAAAUUCGUUAAUCAUGACACUUAAUCAAAACAGGCUUGGACUCAGGAUUUGGAAAAUUGAAAACGAUCAAAUACUGCCUACCAUUAAGCAAAUAUCAAGUAAAUACCAGAUAGAAUCUUGUCGAUGGAUAAUGGCACCAAAUCGUAAGCAAAUUUUAUUGUGGUACAGAAAAUUUGAUUAUAAUGGGGACCCGAAGCAUAGACCCAAAGAUAGACAAAACUGGAUUAAUGAAAGUCAGAUUGAGCUUUGGGAUUUGGAAACGUGGUCUAUUCAGCGAUCGUUGAAAAUGCCUGCUUUCGUUUUCAGAAAUGCUGGUGGCUAUAUUGCUACUAACGAUUUUGAGCAUGGAUUAUCACUGUACUGCAUUAACUAUAUAAACAGGAAUACCGAAUUUAUAAUUUCGGCAUAUGGUAGAUUUGGACUUGAUGAUGGCACGAUGGGUCUAAUUAAAUUGGAAGAUGACAUCAAUGCCAGUCAAAACUUGAUUGAAUUUUCAAAUCGAUUUCAGAUCAUAUUACAUGAAAACCAAUACAUUAAGAAUAUUUCUGUAUCGGACGAUCAUCAAUUCAUCGCUAUUGACUUUUCUAGGGAAGAUGUAGGGGAAUAUGAACUAUUAACAUCUGGUAACUAUCAGUUUUAUACCUAUUUGCUACAGGUACUUGUACUCAGGAUAAUAGAGGAUCAGGUCAGAUAUUAUGCAAAAGUUAAACCGUCAGUCAUAAGUAAGUCCAUAUUUAUUCCUGGCAAGAAUCGGUUGCUUGUCCAUGAUUACUGGGAUAAGCAUUGUCUGUAUGAAUAUAAUUUACAAGGUCAUAACAUCCAUUGGCAAGAUAUUCAAGAUAGCAAUUCAAACCUGAAAUAUAUUGCACUAAAGGACGGCACUAAGACUACUGUCAAGGUUUUGGAUGUAUGCAUGGCUUACGUAAAUUCUAUCCCAGUUGUAGCUGUACUGAAUUUGGAUAUCAACGAUAGUUACCAACUUGAGGUCGCCUAUUUUCUAGAUGCGGAUCAUGUUGAAGAACCUAGAGAGCUUCUGAAUUAUAGUAUACCAAAAGAAUGUGUUGGCUCAUAUAAGAUUACCUCGCGACACAGAAAGACGGAUAACGUAUUAAUUUUCAUUAUUCAUUCUGAGAUCUGUUUGGAGGAAUAUGGCAUGUUGAUAAUUAUAAUAACCAUAAAUCUUAAGACUGGAAAGAAAAUAAUUUAUGAACAAGAUGAUAUGUAUAGACAUAUAAGCCAAAUAUACGCUGAUGACUGUUAUCUAUACACUUAUCAAGAGAAAGAUACUCUGGAUAAAGAAAAUUUAUGCAAUGUUAAAUGUUACAAGUUUGGGGAUGGUAAACAACAAACGCAGCUGAUUAAGACAUAUCCAUACGAUGUCCAAAAUGGAUCGGUCUUUAAAAUUAGUGUAGAUUCAAAUCAACUCGUUUAUAGUCCUGUAAUUACAUACUCAAGAAAGUAUAAGAAAAAAGAUCUCUUUAUUGAAAUAUAUGGAGAGACAAAGGCCGAUGCAAUUGUAAAUCAUUGGUACUCCAGUUACAUAAUCUUUUUACUAGAAAACGGGGAUCAUGCAGCGAUACUUAACAAGCAUGGUGAAGUAAUCAUGAAAAUGUAUAAAAAUAGCAAGAUUAAAGUGGAUCCUGAAGCAAUAAUCUUCAAUAAUGAAAACUUAUGGUCAAACAAGCAUUUCCUUGCUUAUUAUCGUAGCCUUUCCAGUUUGCAUUUUUAUGAUUCUAAAACCUUACAGCUACAAAUGACUUUACCCUUUCCUCACUUUGAAAUUAUGGAUAUGCAAUGGAAUUGUCAGAAAUCUUCUUUUAUUGUUAGCAAUCGAUGCGAUAACUAUUACUGCUUUAUUAAGCGAAUUGAAUAA